AUGAAGCAGACAAUCGCGGUCACAUCAUCCAACCAUUCGGAGAUCUUGGCCAUUCAUGAGGCCAGCCGCGAAUGUGUAUGGUUAAGGUCCAUGACCAACCAUAUCCAAGUCGAUUGUGGGAUGACUGAAGGCAAGGACACACCAACUGUGAUGUAUGAAGACAAUGCAGCUUGCAUUGCUCAACUUAAGGAUGGCUACAUCAAAGGGGACCGGACGAAGCACAUACUACCUAAGUUAUUCUUCACGCACGAGCUACAGAAAGCCGACGAGGUCCAAGUAGUCCAAGUGCGUUCCAGCGACAACUCAGGAGAGCUGUUCACCAAAUCACUUAUGACCUGCACAUUCAGGAAGCUCAUGCAUCAGAUUGAGAUGCGUAGGUUGAAAGACCUUCAGUGA